AUGUCUGGUGUGCCUUAUCUUGUGUUCUUCUUUAUCUCUCAUCUUUUAAUUCUUUGUUUGGCUCAAGAAGAGAAGGGCUCCAGCCAAAAAUGUCAACAUUUCGAUUGUAAAAUUUUCGGCAAUUUAAGCUUACCCUUCUCCAAUGAAACGUAUCCUGACUGUGGAUUCUUGACAAUAGAAGGCUGCAAUGAACAAGUUCAGACGAUACGACUGGGGAAGGAUGGGCUACUGUUUCAUGUUACAUGCAUCACUAAGGAUAAUACGCUUCUGCUUCAAGAGAAACCAGAUUAUGAAAAGCUUUUCGAUCUCUGUUGCUGUGUUGAAUACUUGAAAAAUUUUACCAUUCUCAGCUCUCCUAUUCUCUCUUUUGAGGUGUUACCAAAAAAUCAAAUCCUGUUCCAAUGUCCCGGUUCGCCUUACACUGCCCCAGAAGAUUACGGUUCGCUUUGCAAUGACUGCAACCACUCAAUUAUCUACUACAACGGCUCAAAUCAUGGAGAACUAUUAAGUCCUCUUGACUGUUCACCUAUUCCGCUUCAAAUGAACAACACUCCAAAGGGUGUUGAUUACUUUAAUGUGUAUACUGGCUGGUUCCGUAUUCAGGUGAAUGUGACGAAGGAAUGUCUUGAUUGUAAUAAUAGAGGAAGCCAAUGUCGAAUUGACAACCAGAGAAAUUUUCAAUGUCCAAAGCCCCGAAAAGAAAAUGGAUUAUUGAAGAUAGGCAUAGGAGUAGGUAAUAUACCUCUCUUAUCAAAUCAAAUUAUUUUGUGGUUUUCCUCAUUGGCUGGCAAUAAAAUUUGCAAUUGUUAUCUUUGCUUAUUAGGAAUUGGAGUUGGAGGAUUAGCAGUCCUUAUAGUGGUUCUAUUAAUUUGGUUCAUUCGUCGUCGUAAGAAACAAAAAUAUGAUAACUUCAACUCAAGAUACACUGCUUCCAAUCCUUCCUCCAACUCAGAGCUGCAACUAGGCAGUGCCUAUUAUGGGGUCCCUAUCUUCUCCUACACAGAACUUGCAGAAGCUACCAAUAAUUUUAGUGAGGCGAAUGAAGUUGGAGACGGAGGUUUUGGAACGGUAUAUUAUGCAAAACUUCGCGAUGAACGGGAAGUUGCUGUCAAGCGUCUAUAUGAGCACAACCACAGAAGGCAUCAGCAGUUUAUGAAUGAAAUUAAGAUCCUCACACAUUUGCGCCAUAAAAAUCUGGUCUCCCUCUAUGGCUGCACUCCUUGUGACAGUCCGCAGGGCCUCCUCCUUGUCUAUGAAUAUGUUAACAAUGGAACUGUUGCAGAUCAUCUCCAUGGUGAUCGAGCGAAGCCUGGUCCACUCACUUGGCCUAUUCGUUUGAACAUCGCCAUUGAAACUGCCAGCGCAUUGGUCUAUCUCCAUGCUUCUGAUAUCAUACACCGUGAUGUCAAGACUCACAACAUUCUUCUUGACAACAACUUUUGUGUAAAAGUUGCAGAUUUUGGGCUUUCGCGAUGGUUCCCCAAUAAUGUUACUCAUGUUUCAACUGCUCCACAAGGAUCUCCAGGCUAUGUUGACCCUGAGUAUCAUCAAUGUUACCGGCUAACCGAUAAGAGUGAUGUUUACAGCUUUGGAGUUGUUCUGAUUGAGCUCAUAUCAUCAAUGCCUGCUGUUGAUAUAAACAGGCAUAGACAUGAGGUCAAUUUGGCUAACUUUGCCAUGAACAGGAUUCAAAAGCGUGCAACUGAGGAUCUGAUUGAUCCAUCUUUUGGAUAUCAGUCAGAUGCAGAAGUCAAAAGGAUGACAACUUCAGUUGCAGAGUUGGCAUUUCUAUGUUUGCAACAGAAUAAGGAAAUGAGACCUGCCAUGGAUGAGAUCUUGGAGGAACUGAAGAGAAUUGAAAGUGGAGAAUCCAAGUUGAAGAGUGUGCAGCAGCCACCAGAUUGUGACGAUCUUGCCUUGAUGAAGCACAUCCAGCUGCCAUCCUCACCCAUUUCUGUGACAACAAAUUGGGUCAGUAGUGAUACUACAUCUAAUGUGAGUGGUUAAGUUUUUGGCUUACAUGCUGAAAAUAUGUGAUGAACAUAUGUGUAAACAUUUCACUUGUAGAGGUGAUGUAUAUGUGAUAAAAUGGAGCUGUUUCUUGUACUUCUUUUUUAAGGCUCCUGUAAUUUGUUAACUAGUUUCCAGUUUGUAUUGUGAAAGCUGAUUUUAUCUUCUUCACUUGAUAUUUGAUCAGAAUUGUCAUUGACACUAUAGCAAACACAGAUAACUUCUUGUAAUUGUAAUGUGACUUUGGGUGAAAUUAGUUUGAA